AUGAGAAUCCUAUGUAGAACCAGACACAAUGACGCAGACCUCCCAACUGAUGUCGAAAAACUAAGAGUCCUUCCCCCUCAGAUCUCUCCAACAGAAGUCCGAGACCGCCAAUACUACACCAAGUACUCCAACAGGCUCAACUACUUCACCCUCACCAUGGUAUUGAUAACCGUCAUCCUAAACAUUAUAACAAUCACCCGCUCUUCCACAAAAUGCGAUAACCCUUCCUCCCCGUACGCACAUCUCCGCCGCACCCGGGAAGAGCCCUACGUCCAGGUAACAGACUACUACGCAUCCCCAAACAACAACAGCAACAGCAACAACAACAACACGAUCCAAGACUCACUCUGGGACGCUAUCAACAUCAAUGACGGCGUCGUCGCGCUCUCAGACAAAUACGCAUCCAAGCACGACCUCCCCACCGCGCAGCUGCGAUUUCCCUGGGACACAACCAAGGGCGUCUACGUCCUGCACGGGUUCCACAAUCUGUACUGUGUGAAGACCAUCCAUGCCUCGCUGUCUGAAUUCCGGGCCGGCGGGCCGCAGUCGAGAUCGUGGGGCCAUGUCUCGUACUGUCUGGAUGCGCUGAGGCGUCAGAUCCUGUGUGAUGCGGAUGAUACGCCGAGGGCGACGGAGGGACGGGGUGAUGUUGGUGGUGGGGGUGGGCAGCAGCGAAAUUGUAGGGAUUGGGAUGGGCUGGUGGAUUUUGCGAGGGAGAAUACGGCUUGUUAUCGACAGCCUGGUGGUGGUGAUGGUGAUGAUGAUGGGAAUUCGGUGCUAGAGAGGUUCAAGCAUUGUCCGCAGGGGAGUGGGUAUGUGGUUGAUGAUAACUAUGUGUCGAAGGAUGCAGGUUUUGUGGGCUUGCCUGGAGAGUCUAUUGUGUAG